CAUUGAUGUCUGACUCAAGUAAAAACUUGAUUAUAAAGUCCAUAUACAUAUAUAACAUGAAUAUACGUAUUUUCCCAUUAUAUAGUGAUCCUAUUAUAACUAACUAACAAAGUUAAGUGAUAUUAAUUUUAAAUUACAAUAAAAUAAAAAGCUUAAUAACUUUAGUAUAUUAUUUAAUUAGUUUUCAUUUUAUAGUUUGGCUACUUAUACGCUUUUUUACAUUUUUUUACACUUAAUAUUUUUGUAAUUUUUUAUUAAUUUUUUUAUUGAUAUGCGUUCCAAGAAUAAGAAAAUAAUGUUUAAUUUUAAUAUUUAGAAUACAGUAAUUUAAAAAAAUAGGUUUGUUUGUCCUGUCAGUAUUGUCAUUAUGAUAAGUCGCGUUACAAAGUCAAGAUUUAUAUACCUUUAUAGUUUUGAAUUUGUUUUCAAUAUAAUAUGCACAAAUUAUUAAUGAAUGGAAAAGUUAAUCGCAUUAUACUUAAUAUAACCCAUUCUAUUGUUAGUAAUCUAUAUUUGAUAACACAACAACAUUAUAAAUCAACUAUGACCAUUUGUGACAAACAUAUUACUGAAAGUAGGAACUCCAGUUGCCGAUGACCGAUUGGUCGCUGCCAUUUUAUAUAGCGAGAAGCCUAUAUAUGUAGAUUUGACUGUUCAGUUUCAUCAACAAAACCACAAAAUAUUGAGAUAAACCAUUUUUUUAAAAGCUAAUGUACAACGGUUAAAAAAAUGAUGUCUUUGGUUUUUGAAUGAUAUCUUGGCUUUCUUGAAUAGAGUAACCGUAGUCAUUUAGUUAAUAUACAUACACGUUAGAAGCAUUGGAUUGAAAAGUAUCUAAAUUAAACAAACAAGCAUGCCUCCGUGUUCAUACAGAAACUGUCAAAAUUCUUCAAAAAAAAAAUUGAAGAUGAACAGUUUUCCACGUCACAAUCCUAUUCUGAUGGCUAAAUGGAUAAAAAAUAUGGACAUGAAAGAUUGGAAAUACCAUCAAAGUGCUGUCUUGUGCGAGGCUCAUUUUGAACCUCAUAUGUGGGAAAAAGUUAGAGUUGAUGGUACAAAGAAAUUGAAAUGUGAUGCUGUACCAACAAUUUUUGGUGACCGCAUUGUCAAAGAGACAAAAGUAUUAGGCAUUCCGCAUACAAAUUUGACUAAUGAUGUUUCACAGCCAGCAGUGAUAAAUGUUGCAAGUACAACUGGAUCAACAGACUCAUUAUCAACGUUAAAAUUGCUAUCAUCUGAUGAUACAAAAGAAACCAAUUCUGCAAAUAGUGUACAAGUUGAAGUGUACAACUUGAACAGUCAAGGAAAAGUAGUUCAAUCUACAUUGACUAGCAUUUUAAAACCUCAAGAUAUUUUAAAUCAAUUGAGAAUGGCAAAUAGUAAAACACCAAUAAUUAUUCCUGGACCUUCAAGCAUACAUAAAGCAAAAGUCCAAAUAACCGAUUCAGAAUCAGUUAAUGAUACAACUGAAACAAAAGAAUCAGAAUCAGACUCAGAUACUUCAACAGCACAAACUACAGGUAUCAUUUUAAAUAAAGCUGAAGCGAAAAAAAUUGCAGAUGAACGUUUUGAGAAAAUGGAUAAACUGUUACUAAAACAGCUAAAGUUAAACGAUACAUUGAGAAAAAAAUUAGUAUCGGUAAAUCAUAAGCUACAACAAUUAGCCAAAGAAGAAAAAAUAGAUCAUAAAACAUACUUAACAGAUGUCUUUACUGAUGACCAAAUAAGAGCUCUUGAAUUAAGGCAUAAUAAUCCAAAAUCUGUUACUAGUUGGUCUCACAAAACAAUGAUGAAAGCCAUUAAGUUGAAACAAGAAUGUGGGACCCGAGGUUAUGAAGAAUUAUUAAGACAAAAGAUGCCAUUGCCUUCUAUCCGAACAAUAUCAAGAUGGUGCACAGCAAGAAAUAUACCCAUUCCUUGAGACCAAAUUUAAUUUUGAUUUAAUUUUUUUCUUUUUGAUGAUUAUUAGUGUUAGUAAAUUAUAAUAAGUACACAGUAUAACAGAAUCGUUAAAAAUGCAAAAUCAAAAUGAAUAUAUUUUCUAAUUAUUGAUGAUAAUCACUACUGUUUUUCUACAUUGUACAUACAUCAAAGGCUAUUUAAAAGUGAUAUAUGUGUAUGUAUGUAUGUACAUAUGCACACAAAAAAUGUAAUGUAAAUGUUGUCGAUAUUUUGUACCUGAUGUAAAAAUAAAAGUAUAGCUAUUAUAUCAAAGAAA